AUGAAAAUCUGCCUCCUGGUUUUACGCGGAGAUGUGGAGGAGGCAAGUGAUGCCGGCUACUACCAUUCCUUUACUGGACCAAGUGCAGUCGAUCUCAGUCGCUACAUACCUCAAACUCGUCAUCAGUUCAAAACCUGUUACAUCAGCAAAUACAGUGCGGAAGUAGAGAUCGAUGAAAUCUGCAAAGAUGGAUAUGACAUGUUUCUGAAUUAUAUGGUGGCAGAGUCGGGGGAUGAUGUUUCGAGAGUGGCAGCGAUCACGAGAUAUCUCGAGGCGAAAGAUAUCAUACUUCUCAACAGCUCGUGCUUCACUCACACCACCGACGCGAGGGAAGAAAGUCGUACCGUCCGAAUCCUGACAAAGACUCAUGGAUUGGACCCCGAACUUCUCAAGGGCAAGCAGUGGGUUUGUCUUGCCAUGGAAAUGGGCCUAGAAACUAUGGUUUUUACUCCAGCCCAGUGCACCACCUCCGUGAGUCUCGAUCGAAAAGGUUUACAUGAAGCAUCGGCGGACUUCAAUUGGGUCACGGAAGCCUCCCUGCAGUCCAUCCUGAAGUCAAUUGCGUUGGAUGUGUUGAAAGCAUCUGGCAGUGGUUUUGUGCGUGUAGAGACUUCGCUAAAAGCAGAGGCUGAGAUAUACAUGGAGGGUCGCCUUUGCACUCCUCGCGCAUUUUACGGAGAAAAGUAUACCACAUACGAGGAUGUGGUGAUCGAAGAGGAGUUUCCCGGCGGACAUAUGGCAUUCUUUGACAUGCUGGUCACUAGUAAACAAAUGCGCUCGGGUCAGGACCACGAUCGGAACCAACACCUAGCAGGGGUUUAUGACGGCUUUGCCCCUCGCUAUCAUGCUGCUCGGGCCAACACCGGGCUAAGUCGGAUGCAGGAAGACCUGAGCCGAGACUACGAUUUCUCCGGCACGGUCCUGGAUCUCGCGUGUGGAAACGGUGAAUUUGGAGCUAUCCUGCACGAGCAUGGCGUCUCCGCAAAAAUCUCCGGCAUCGAUGUCUCCGCUGGGAUGACCCGAUCCUCAUACAUCCAGGAUCACUACGAGAAGCCACUCUUGAUAGGGCCGAUGGACGAAUUCAUAAUGGCAAGUUCCCCAAUUUCCUGA